AUGAGCGGCGUUACUACCACCCCUGCGCGGCAUUAUGCCCCGCUCUCUGCCUUCGAUGACCGCACUAUGAAGGUCUCGGACAUCCACACCAUCCACUACUGGCAGGCUGGUAACCCCAAGGGCAAGCCUGUUAUCUUCCUCCACGGCGGCCCCGGCGGCGGCACUUCGUCGUCGGACACCAUCUACUUCAACCCCGACAUUUACCGCAUCGUGCUCAUCGACCAGCGUGGUGCGGGCAAGUCCGAGCCGACCGCCGAGCUCCGCGAGAACACGACUUGGGACCUCGUCGCCGACAUCGAGCGCGUCCGCGAGGAGCUCGGUAUCGACAAGUGGCUCGUCUUCGGCGGCUCAUGGGGCUCGACGCUCUCCCUCGCGUACGCCCAGACUCAUCCGGACCGCUGUGCAGCCCUCAUCCUCCGAGGCAUCUUCCUCCUCCGCCGCUCCGAGUUAGAGUGGUUCUACCAGGAUGGCGCCAGCCACAUCUGGCCUGAGGCGUGGCAGGGCUACCUCGCCCCAAUCCCCGAGGACGAGCGGCACGACCUCAUCUCGGCGUACUACAAGCAGAUGACGGACCCGGACGACGCCAAGUCGCUUACGGCUGCCAAGGCAUGGGCGACGUGGGAGGAGAGCACCUCCAAGCUGUUGCAGGACCCAGCCCUGGUUGAACUGGCGGACAACAACGCCAAGUGGGCUCGCGCGUUUGCGAGCAUCGAGUGCCACUACUUUGUCAACGCGGGCUUCUUCCCCGAGGGCCACCUCAUUAAGAAGGAGCAACUGGACAAGAUCCGCCACCUCCCCUGUGUGGUUGUCCAGGGUCGCUACGACUCUGUCUGCCCGGCGCGCUCGGCGUAUGACCUGAAGCAGGCGUGGGGCGAGGGUCUUGACCUCAAAAUGGUCGCUGACGCUGGUCACUCUGCGCAUGAGCCGGGAAUCACCAAGCUGCUCGUUGAGGCGGCUGACAGGUUUGGCGGAGAGCUCAAGUGGUAA